AGGAAGGUAAGAGGAGGGGGAGAAAAGGAGGCCUGGGAGGGGGGCUCCGACACCCACCCUGGCUUUGCUCUCAGGGUGCCAGUUUGCCUUCCAACACAGACCGCUCUUCCAUCUCGGAGACUUGACACCCACCCAUUCCUUUUGUCCAUCCGGCAAGAGACCCCUGUCGUGUUUCUCCUAGGCAGGCCCCUUCUCCUCCUCUUCCUCCUCCGGCUGCUCCAUGAACCAUGGAGACCUUGAACAUGCGCCAAGAGGGCGCCGCUCACGGCUGCCCUGUCCUGGCCCCCAGCCCCAAUUUCAUCUGCAUCACCGCAAAGUCUCCCAAGGGCAGUGCCCAGUUCGUGCUGCCUCGGGAAACCACCGUACGGCAGUUCAAGGAGAAACUUUCCGAACAGUUCACCUGUGAGCCGUGCCAGCUGGUGCUGGUGUUCUUCGGGAGGAUCUUGAAGGACCAGCGCACCCUCCAGCAAUGUGGGGUCGGUGAUGGGACGACUGUCCACCUGGUCAUCCGGUCCCUGAAGAGAGAUCCAGAAGGCUCUGCUCAGUCGUCCUACGUGCCCAGGCCCUCAAGCUGUGCCCUGGCACGAACGGGCAGCAGCCUGAGCCUGUCCGCCUUGAACCCGGUCUCUCGGGGUUCGUGGGGCCCCCCGGAGACAAAUCCCACCAGCCUUGAGUGGCAUCAGACGCCAACCUCCGAGAUGAUUGUUCAGAAGGUCCGGCAGCUGAUCUUGGCCAACCCAGAGAUCCAGCAGCUGGCUCAGCAGUUCCCUGCCAUCUGCCACAUCCUGAACAACAUGGGCAUCAUGCGGGUGAUCUUGGACAAGAUGAGAGAAAUUAUGGACCUGGCAAGGAGCCCUGAGGUGGAACAGGACCUGAAGAAUCCAGAGCCACUCCUGAUUAACGUUCAGAACAACACUCCCGGUGGGGACAACCCCCUGAGGCAACUCAACAGUGAGGUUCAGGAGCCAGGGCCGAAUGCAGGCCAGGACCUCCUUGCCCCCUCCAGGAACCCUUGUCCAGAGCACAAGGUCAGGGGUGGCGAGGGAUUUCAUCCGGGAGGCCCUCCGGGCUCUUUCCCCGUCUCCAACAGCUACGGGAGGUUUUGCACCAACAACUCAAGCAACGAUGAAGGUGGCACCUUCAACAGCCUUCAGGAUCCUCUCGGGUCGUCCCUGCCCAGCCUUGUGCCCAGCCCUGGGGCAGGACCGUGCAACGUAGGGGGUAUCCAGGCCCUAAUUGUAAACCUCUGCAACGCCUACACCCAGCGCGUGAUGCUCUCCCUCAUGCAGAACGCGCUGCUCGCCUCCCAAGAGACGCAGGGCGCCCGGCAGGAGCACGUCCAGCAGCAGCUGCAGCAUUUUUAUCAGCAGAUGCAGAGGCCAGAAAUGGUGGCCGCCCUGUCCAGCCCCAAGGCCAUCCAGGCCUGGGUGCAGAUGGAGCAGGGCUUGCAGACCCUGAUGGAGGAAGCCCCGGUGCUGCUACCCUGGUUCGUGCUGCGCUUGAAGGGGUUGGGGCACACGCCUGCGAUGGGGGCCGUGGCCACUGGCUCUCCCUCUGGAGAAGAAUCAGCUGCUUUGGAAUAGGGACACCACCUCUCCUCUCUUCUCCCAGGAAGGAAGGAAGGAAGGGGCUGCGCCCUUAGAAGCUCCAAGGUCAGAUGGGCAGCCCAGGGCGCAAGCUGGAGAAUCGCUCUUCCUGCACAGCUGCCCUGCUGGGAAUGAGAAGAAGCCGUUCCAGGAAAUCAGAAGGAAACCAGGAGAUCUCCUUUGUCUUGGGGGUGACGUUCCUGUAACAUGUUCUUCAA